AUGUCGGAGGAUGCAUAUAGUAAUUGUGACAACGUCGACUCCGGCGCCGAUGUCAAGCUCGAAGUUGAGAAACUAAGGAUCAGAUUCCCUAGAAACGUCAUCCGAGACAAAAGAGAAUUUGAUAAUACUUACCAUCCUGGAAUAGAGAGUGCCGAUCUCGUUCACAUGGUGCAUGACGUAAGGGUUAGCAAACGUGACCGAGGUGCAUUUGCGCCUAUGUCAGGAGAGGCCUGUAGAGCAAGGGGGAGCCAUAAGCAACUAUGCCAUAAUUGCGGCUGGACUACUACUCAUCAGCUCGGGGUUGGGGGGUAUACUUCACGUUUAAAGGUCUUUCACCUUCGCGGCAAUUCUGCUAUUUGGGACCUUGGCCCAAACGGUCCUUGGAUGCUUAGGGAUGAGCCCAACAACCCCACCAGUGUGUGGGAAACCGACUAUGUAGCGCAGCAAUUUCUUCGAGAAGAGAAGCCAAAUAUGCCUCUUGUAGAAAUGCAUAAAUUUGGUGGGCCAAAUGAUAAGUUCCACUUUACUAUCAUGUCUCGGGCAAAAGGAAGCACUAUAGAAGCAAUCUGGGAUACCCUUACGGAAGAGCAGAAAAACGACGUAAGACAAGACUUGACGAAUUGUAUUAAGGAGUGGCGCCAGAUUACUAGGCCGCACAUGCAAAAAGUAGAUGGCUCAGAGCUUCGCGAUCCCUUUCUUGGGUAUUGCAAUUCGCACGCAUGCAUUAAGACGGGACGCGACGAGGAACAGUGGCUAGAAAAUCUAACUCCGGCGAUGCGUAAAGGAUUUUUAUCGGAUCUCUGGUUUCGCAACGGGGGUGAGAAUGCUGAUCAAGAUACAAUGACCUCGUGGAUUAAAGAGGCCGACGAAAAAGUAGCCCAGCUUAAGGCGAAUUUUCCAAGGGGCGGACCAUACGUUUUAACCCACGGUGAUCUGCAUUCUGAGAAUGUCUUCAUUUCAGACGACAACGAAGAAAAGAAGUACAAGGUCUCAGCAAUUAUUGAUUGGGAACUUGCUGGCUUCUAUCCAUGGUGGGCAGAACGCAGGCGCUCCGAUCUUGACUAUAUACUAGGCGUCAAGGAUCUUUGUCACCCUGGAUAUAGUGUUGAGGACUAUGAAAAGGUUUUCAAGCCCGUAUCACAAGUUUCCAAGGCAUGGAGGCGUGCAGGAAAUCAUACUUCCAGCGUACAUAAGCCGGAGAAGUCAAAAAACCGUUGGUUCGGACCGCCAUUCUGUGCCUGCCAACCAUGGCCCCAAGAAUAUCGAGAUGUUGAUCUUGGGUUGGAGGAGGAUGAACAUCUGGAUAUAUUUGAUGUGGAUUCUACAGAUUCUGAAGACGAUGAAGAAGACGGCCGCAAAAAAUUUCCGAAAUAUGAGAGGGACUUCUUGCGGUGGUUUAAUAAAAUCAAUAAUCACAAAUCGAAGCAUGCAAGUCUCGAUUAA